AUGGACUUGAGAGUGGGCAAAAAGUACCGCAUCGGGCGCAAGAUUGGCUCGGGCUCCUUUGGCGACAUCUACCUCGGCACCAACAUCAUCUCGGGCGAGGAGGUGGCCAUCAAGUUGGAAAACACCAAGGCCAAGCACCCGCAGUUGGAGUACGAGGCCAAGGUCUACAAGGCGCUUAGUGGCGGCGUCGGCAUCCCCUUUGUCAGAUGGUACGGCACCGAGUGCGACUACAACGCCAUGGUGAUCGACUUGUUGGGCCCCAGCUUGGAGGACUUGUUCAACUACUGCAACCGCAAGUUCACCUACAAGACGGUCUUGUUGUUGGCCGACCAGUUGAUCUGCCGCAUCGAGUACAUCCACGCGCGCUGCUUUAUCCACCGUGACAUCAAACCCGACAACUUCCUCAUGGGCAUUGGCAGGAGAGGCUCGCAGGUUAACGUGAUUGACUUUGGGUUGGCGAAAAAAUACCGCGAUCCAAGAACUCAUUUACAUAUCCCUUAUAGGGAGAAUAAGAACUUGACCGGUACUGCGAGAUACGCCAGCGUUAACACCCAUUUGGGCAUCGAGCAGAGCAGAAGAGACGACUUGGAAAGCUUGGGGUAUGUCUUGAUCUACUUUUGCCGCGGCUCGUUGCCUUGGCAGGGCUUGAAAGCUGCAACAAAGAGACAAAAGUACGAUCGAAUCAUGGAAAAGAAAAUGACCACCCCCAACAAUAUCUUGUGCAAAGGCUUGCCCUCGGAGUUUUUGGAUUACAUGAAUUACAUCAAGACGUUGAGAUUUGACGAUAAGCCCGAUUAUGCCUAUUUGAGGAAAUUGUUUAGAGAUUUGUUUAAAAAGGAGAAUUACCGUUAUGACUAUGUUUUCGACUGGACUUUGUACAAGUUUCAACAAGAAAAACAAAGAGCUCAGGGCAACAAGGCCAUCGAAGGUGAACAGCUGCAACAACAAGCCCAGCUGCAACAACAAGCCCAGCAACAGCAACAGCAACAAGCCCAGCAACAGCAACAGCAACAACUGGGUCAACAAAUGCAAAAUGAGGAACUGUCCCAACAACAACAACAACAACAACAACAGCAAAAGUCUGCGCAACAGUUGGCUGACCAACGUUACCAGAACCAAAAGGCCGUCUACACCCCAAACCUAAACUACUCCAGCAACUACCAGGAAAAACCCAAGGUUCCCCAACAACAACAAAAUCAAGGUAACCCAGCAUGGCUUUAG